AUGCAAUUCUUGCGAGAGCUGGAGAAGCGUCUACGGAUAAAGCACCGUAUCCAUAUAACUGUUUGCCACCUACGCUCCGCCAUCCAUUCCAAGUUUAGGAACCUAGGGAAUAGUCUCCCGAUCAAACAGCUGACGAAGGGGAUGAACGAAACAGGGAGUCUACUGGACGGGGUUCCACUAGCGGAGACUCUUGGAACAGCUGGAGUCAGAAGUCCCCAAGUAAGCGUAUUAUGGGGGACCGUCCAGCACAUCUGGCAAGGAUCAAGGGGGAUCUCGUUGUUGCAUAGCUCAGGUCGGAGCAACGCGCCAUCGGACAUUUCGCGUGGCAACAAUAGCGGUGUUGUGAAGCUCCUCCGACAACAUUCAACAAUGACAAUGACGUCCAACAACGGCGGCGACAACUUGGAUUGUAGUGUCCACUUUCUGCGAGACGUGGUAAGGGAACCUGAAGCAGAAGGCGAAGAAGGCAAAGAAGAAGGAACAACAACGAAGUUUCAUUGCUUUCAGGAGUCUCGUUUUAGUGUUGUGAACCAAUAA